AUGGUUGUAUGUGUUCGAAGCUCCUUUCGUAAUACCUUAAAUGGUGUCAGAGUCCCUUUCUCUGCUGUUGCUGCAGCCUCUUUUACUUCUGCUGGGCAUGAACAAAUGAGAUCACUUUCAACUAAUCCAAAUGUUGCUGCAUUAGUUGGAAAUUAUAAGAAAAAUGUAGUUUUAAAAAAUCUUAAAACAUCCAAUGCAAAUUUAGUUCAAAUGGCUCGUCAAUAUUGUUCAAAUUUACCAUCACAUAAUGUUGUUAAACUUCCAGCUCUUUCACCAACAAUGGAAACUGGAACUAUCGCUUCAUGGCAAAAAAAGGAAGGCGAUCAACUAUUUGAGGGUGAUCUUUUAUGUGAAAUUGAAACUGACAAAGCAACUAUGGGAUUUGAAACACCUGAAGAAGGUUAUUUGGCUAAAAUUUUCUUACCUGAAGGUUCUAAAGAUAUUCCUAUUGGUAAACCUCUUUGUAUUAUUGUUCAAGAUAAAGAAGAUGUAGCUGCUUUUGCCAAUUAUAAAGCUCCAGAUUUUAGUUCUGAUAAAUCUGCCGCUUCUACUCCUGUUUCACCACCAAAACCACCUGUUUCUACUCCACCACCACCACCACCAAAAUCAGUUGCACCUUCAAAACCAGUAGAAAAAGUUUCUCCUCAACAAGAAUUCCAUAAACCACAACAAAAAAUUUUUGUUACACCAUUUGCUAAAAAAUUAGCUAAAGAAAGUGGAAUAAAUCUUACAAAUAUACAAGGAUCAGGGCCACAUGGUCGUAUAUUGGCUAGUGAUAUUGAAGCAGCUAAAUCACAACCACAAUCUCAAGCUUUACCAACAAAAAGCCUACCAGAAUUAGCAGUAGGAGAAUCAUAUACUGACAUUCCACUUACAAAUAUGAGGAAGACAAUUGCUAAAAGACUUACAGAAUCUAAGACAACAAUUCCACACUACUAUCUUACUGCUGAUAUAGAUGUGGAUAAAGUAUUAGCUCUUCGUGCUAAACUUAAUUCUUUCCUAGCUAGUAGCGUUAAAGAUAAAAAUGAAAAACCACAAAAAUUGUCAAUUAAUGAUUUUAUAAUAAAAGCAACAGCUAAAGCUUGCAAAGAUGUACCAGAAGCAAAUUCUUUCUUUAUGGAUACAUUUGUAAGACAAAAUGAUAAUGUUGAUGUUUCAGUAGCUGUAUCAACAGAUUCUGGUUUAAUAACACCAAUAGUUCGUAAUGCAGAUUUAAAAGGAAUUUCAAGAAUAUCAGCAGAAGUAGCUGAAUUAGCCAAGAAAGCACGCGAAGGAAAACUUCAACCACAUGAAUAUCAAGGUGGUACUUUCACAGUCUCUAACUUGGGGAUGUUUGGUUCUGUAUCAAAUUUUUCAGCAAUAAUCAAUCCACCACAAUCAUGUAUUCUUGCAAUUGGAGCACCAAAAAAGGUUGUUGUUGUAGAUGAAGAAAACAAUGGUUAUAAGACAAAAAAUAUUAUGCAAGUUACUAUGAGUUGUGAUCACAGGGUUGUCGAUGGUGCUGUUGGAGCAAGAUAUUUGAAGUAUUUCAAACAAUAUCUCGAAGAUCCAAAAACAAUGCUUUUAUAA